CAGGCGUGGCGGCCCGAGUGGGGAGGAGGGAGCAGGGAGGACGAAAGAGAGAGACUGGAGGAGGGAGCAGAGAGGAGGGAGGAGAGGAGAGGAGAAAGAAGGGAGGAGGGAGCAGGGCGCAGAAGGGACCAGGGCGCGGGGAGGCAGCAGGCCCGGCCCGGUCGCUGCUCCCUCCCCGGGUGGCUCCUCGGCCAGCGGGUGCUCGCCGCGCCUCCAGCCCGCAGCCCGCCCGCGCCCUGCCCGGCCCGCGCCUCUCCUCUGUCCCGGGCUCCGAGCCCCGCUCGUCACCGGGAGAGAUGAGUGCGGCCACGGCGCCCGAGCGCGGCUGGAAGAGCGAGAAAGUGGACGAGGCGCAGGCCCUGGCGCGGAGCUGCGCCGCCCGCAGACCCGACUUCCAGCCGUGCGACGGGCUGUCCAUCUGUGCCACGCACAGCCACGGCAAGUGCUUCAAGCUGCACUGGUGCUGUCACCUGGGAUGGUGUCACUGCAAAUAUGUGUACCAGCCUAUGACCCCCGUGGAGCGGCUCCCAAGCACAGAGAUCCCUGCAAGGCCGCGAGAGCCGACCAACACCAUUCAAAUCUCCGUCUCCCUCACUGAACACUUUUUGAAAUUUGCGUCUGUCUUCCAGCCUCCGCUUCCCCCUGACUCGCCGAGGUACUGUAUGAUUUCCGAUCUCUUCAUCGACAACUAUCAGGUUAAAUGUAUUAACGGGAAGAUGUGCUAUGUGCAGAAGCAGCAGGCGCCCCAUUCCCAGAAGCUGAGCCCUGAGGAGGUCUCUGCACACGAUGCCUUAAUUUCUAAAGAGAGUGACACUCCGAAACUGGGUCACUGCUCCUCCCCUUCCGGUUCUGAGGACUCGGGGAUCAACGCAAUUGGGGCUCACUAUGUGGAAUCCUGUGAUGAGGACACAGAAGAAGGGGCGGAGCUGAGUUCCGAGGAAGAUUACAGCCCUGAGAGCAGCUGGGAACCGGAUGAGUGCACCCUGCUCUCCCCUUCGCAGUCUGAUCUGGAAGUGAUUGAAACGAUGGAGACCACUGUGUAGGCAGCUGGGGACUGCGGCUGGGAUCCACACAGAGCUUCUUCUGUUCUUUGAUCUGACGAGUCCUUUUCCAAUACUCUUGGCAUUUCCCAAGCCCUAUUACUAACAUUAGCAGUCCAGCGGUCUGCGGGGGCGUCCCCUUCUAUUACCUUGUAAUGACAUUGUUUCCUUUUGUAUCUUGCUUUCUAUGUAGCAUCUGGUGUCAUGCGUUGUGACCCAGCCUUAAUUUCACUGAGAACUUUGAGAGCGGUGGUGACCACAGCGUAUCAUAGGUCACAUGGAAGAGCUCCCCAGAGUGGAAGUAACCGUCCUUUGCCAGGGGCCUGUCCUUUGUGAAGGAAGGCUCUAGCUCAGUCAGUCCAGCUUCCCUUUGGCGUGGUGCCAUGGUUUCUGGGUGGGGAAGCAGCUCACUUCCGGAAACAGUGUUGCACCAGUGUGGUCCCCACUCCUGGUUCCUCUUCUGGUUGCCACCCACAUUGGCUCAGGACAAGAGUAGCUUCUGCUACUUCUAGAAGGUCCUUGGAGGCCCUUUGACUCCUGGUGAUGGCCGUGUCACAGCCUCUGUGACUGAAAGGGUCUCUCCAGUUUGUGUCCCGUGCAGCGGGGAUUCGGGAGGACUCAGUCCUGGUUCUCCCCUUGAAGGGGCCACAUUGUAGUUCAGGACACAGGUGAAGCAGCUUGCUGCGCCAGGAGGAUGUUGGGAUGGGGGAAGGAGAGGCGGACUGGCCCGGGCUGGCUGACAAUGUUGCUCGUGUCUGAGCUGGCCCCGGCUGGGUCCUACAGCGUCCACUGCCCUUCUUGAUGGGCUUACAGUUCAGGGAGAAGCACUUAGUGUUCGUAGGUAUUUUAUUUAGGAGGCAACACAUCUGACAUCUUUUAAGAAAAAAGUACACAAUAGUUUUAGUUAGCAUGAAAAUGCUAAGAGACAGAAGAAGUCCUUUAGGGAUUAGGAAUGAAUCUAAUAGGUUUGAUGAUUCUGCUUCGCUUGGUUGUAUGAAGCAUUAGAGUGGCUUAGAUGAGAAAUGGACUAGAAUUUUGUACGAUGCAUGGAUUUUAUGCAAAUGCAAAACCAGUUGAGAUAGCUCACUGCUGAGUCAGGAAGAUGUUUUAUGUAACACUUUACUACACUGGAAUCCACACACAUUGUGUGUUCUCUCUCUCACACACAAAAUAGUAAUUCUUACGUAGAUUUCUUCAAAACCCUGUUCCUAAUUUGCUAUCAACUGUGUAUUCUCAUGUGAUCUCAUUAUCUGCCAUUUCCCAAAAUCUAUCUGUGAGGUAGAGUACAAAUCUGGGACGUCUUAACAUAUGCUGUCAUAAAACAAGAGUCCCAGAGCUGCAGGGGGCGCCACCUUAGACCCUGGCUGUCUGAGCAGGGAGCACGCCUUGCUGUCUGGUCAGCAUCUGUACAUCCUCUGUCUCACUGGACUGCAGGCAAGGAGACUGUGCUCCCUAGGCCUCCUCGUUGGGGGUUCUUCUUUAUGUACUCAAGGAAGACUCUGCUUCCCCAAUUGGAUAUGGAGUCCCAGUGGUUACUACUAGAACCAUCUUUAGGCUGACUAGCCCCAAACACCCAUAGUGUUCAGGAGGCAGAAAACAAGCCUUCCUCUGGAAAGCAUUCGUUAAAAUGUCCUGUGCAAGAUGAGAAUGUAGCCCCGCACCCCCCAAAUACUUAAAUUUGAGGACUCACACCAAGGACCAGCAGGGACAGGGAGGGCAGGUGGGAGCUGCCAUGUCUGGGUUAGUGGGUCAUUCUGCUGGCCUGGGAUGGUCUGGUGACACCUGGGGGGUCCUGCCUGAGGGUCGUGGUGCCUCGCUUGUAUGGAAAGAAAACCCAUGAGCCACAAAUCCCUCACCCUGUACGCAGGGCUGUGGUGGACAGCAGUGGCGCCAUCCUCCAACGUGCCGUGGGCAAGCUCCUCAGACCCCAGGCGGAGAGGCAGGCACGCAGAGGGCUUACUCCUGCACCUUUCCUAUCUACUUUUUUUUGCUACAGGGUCACUGCCACGAAUACUAAACUAACUGAGGUUAGAACCUGGGCUCCAAAGCCAUGAAAACCCGUGGUCAUAGCCAAAGUUCUGAAGGUUAGCUGCGUCUUGGCCUUGGUUGCUUUUCAGUAACAUCUGUGACUUUUGUCUAGGGUCCCGUUUUCUAAACCCCUGAAGCUGCCACUCAGAUUUACCACCAUUGUGAUGGGACAUUUUGGAUUUAAUAACAAUUGAUGAUCACGUUAAAUAUUUGCACAGUCUCUUUAUAAUUCCACUCACUAAGCUUCACUUGCCGUUUUAUAAAAUUGGACACGUUCCCUCGCGUUCUUGGAUCUCAAAACAGCCUUUUCUAAAUAAGCACAGCCGAGAGGUCUUUGAUUUUCUUCUAACGGUGUUCAUACCAGUAACUGUCUGGAAUAUGAUUAAGCCAGAAUCCUUCCGCUAUGCUUGCAUUGUGAAAUCAGCUGAAGACUAUAGAAAAUGUAUAGCAUAACUGCAAUUCUAGGUCUAUUCUGUUCUUUGUUCUUUGAAAGAAUUUCUCUAUAAUCCUGAUAUUAUAGUGCUGAUUUGUAUAUGCGUACUCAUAGGCACUUUAGAAAUACUUAGACACAACAUGCACUAUAGGCGGUAAGCACAGUUGUGUUAAAUAGGCUUUUGACUAACUAACACUUGUACAGUGAGAGAGACAAAAGCUUGCAUCUGGACCUUACAGGAUGCUUGUCUGGAGCGAGGCUUGGGCCACAUGAAUGAGUUUCUGUGGGAUUCUGGCACUGUUAACACUUAUGAAAGGUUGUUGGGUACCAGGGUAAUCCCACUAAAUGUGGAGUACACUUUUCUUACCUAGCCAAGAUUUUAAGUUUCAAGUGUGUCCAUAACUUUUUUUUUUUUUUUUUUGAGAAAUGGCAAAGCAAUUAAAGUCCUUUUUGGGAUAACUAUUUGAUAUCUUAAAAACAAACAAACAAACAAACUUUAAAACCUGGGUGUUUUUUGCCUUUAACAUUUAAGAAAUAAUGAGAAUUUGAGGACAACCCUGAAGAAAAAGUUGGUUUCCUAGAAGAAAAGACUCAUGCCUCAAGGUGACACAUACAGAACAGACUAAAACCUGAGCCACAGUGUCCAAACCCAAUACAGCACAACACAGUGUAUUACAGAGCCGGUUCCCAACAGGCCACAAACACAGCAUAAUAGCAAAAUGACAACACAACACUGAGCCGUCAAGUCCAGAGCAACCACGUGACUGUUUCAGGAUAGGAUCUAGAAUCUGAUUGUCUCGACGACUUCACCUCACCUGCUUGCCUGGUUGAAAUAACUUGUUCUUCUAGGGUUGAUCAGAACAAAUUAUUCUUAUGCAAAAUUGAUUGCAACCAGACACUUUAGAAAGUCAAAAUAUCCAUAUAUGCGUGGUAGUGUAGAUACUGCCAUGUAAGGAAAAAAAAAAAGCACAAAUUUAAAUAAAAUACUAUUUAUGUCAUCUGCUCUUGAUUGUCCCCAAAUCCUAUUUGCAAAACUUUACUGCCGUGGUUUUGGCUUUUUACUUGAGGAAAAUAUUCUAACUGGUCUCUUUCCUUCCUGUUCGUCCAGCGGUGCUGUGAACUAGAACUGUGGGUGGAGGCCAGGUAACCUGGGCUUUGUGGGGAGGGUGUCACUGUGCCCUUUCUCUGUACCACACAGCCCAGAGCACCAUCUUAAACCUCAGUAUAAAUACAAGGGCAUUCCUCAGAAUGAAUUUGUUUUUAAAUCUCACUUUGUCGUGACUGUGGUGCCUGAACACGGAUGUCCUGGAAGAGCGGGCGCAGUCCAGGGAGGAGCGGUUUGCUCGAGGGUAAGGCAGUUGGAGCCUGUCUGGAGUUUGAAUGGCACCUCCAGGGCACUGUGUUUGCUCGUGUGCUAAAGCUGUCUGUACCUUGCAGUCGUCACCUGCUGUGCUGGGUUCUUUUGAAAUCUGUUUUGAAGUUAAGCACAAUGUUGACCCUUCUGUAAUUUCCUAAAAUUACACCGUUGUCCUAAGACAGCUCAACUUUAGGAAAGUACUGCUGUACAAUAAACGUGAUUUUCUUUUGUACUAGAACAA